GCACGAUGCCCCUGGAGACCACCCAGGUGCGGGGCACGGAGGGCUACAGCCUGGUGGCCAGCCUGGACAACGUCCGCAACCUCUCCACGGUGCUCAAGGCCAUUCACUUCCGAGAGCACGCCACGUGCUUCGCGACCAAAAACGGCCUCAAAGUGACCGUGGAGAAUGCCAAGUGCGUGCAAGCUAACGCUUUCAUUCAGGCUGCAAUAUUUCAAGAAUUUUCAGUUCAGGAAGAAUCUGUUACUUUUCGAGUUAAUUUAACUGUCCUUUUAGACUGUUUAUCUAUUUUUGGAUCAAGUCCUGUGCCAGGAACUUUAACUGCACUUCGCAUGUGCUACCAAGGUUAUGGUUACCCAUUGAUGUUAUUUCUGGAAGAAGGAGGAGUGGUGACAGUCUGUAAAAUCAAUACUCAGGAGCCUGAAGAAACUCUGGAUUUUGAUUUCUGCAGCACCAAUGUUAUUAAUAAAAUUAUUCUACAGUCCGAAGGACUGCGUGAAGCAUUUUCUGAAUUGGAUAUGACAAGUGAGGUCCUCCAGAUCACCAUGUCUCCCAACAAGCCUUACUUCAGGUUAUCUACUUUUGGAAAUGCUGGAAGCUCUCACCUUGACUAUCCCAAAGACUCUGAUUUGGUGGAAUCAUUUCAGUGUAAUCAGACUGAGGUCAACAGAUACAAGAUUUCUUUACUGAAACCCUCCACAAAAGCCUUGGUUCUGUCUUGUAAAGUGUCUAUUCGGACAGAUAACCGAGGAUUCCUUUCAUUACAAUAUAUGAUUAAAAAUGAAGAUGGACAAAUAUGUUUUGUGGAAUAUUACUGUUGCCCAGAUGAAGAAAUUCCUGAAUCUGAAUCUUAAAUGUGAUUAUACAGACAUUCAUAAUAGGUCAUGUUCUCAUCCAGGGCAAUCUACCCCUCAGGGGUCUCAUUGGAUUUUCUAAAGAGAGAGAGAAAAAAUGUUGGGUGGGUCUCUGGCUCUAAUAGUUUGCAUGUAGUUUAUAGUUAA